UCUAUCAGAUGCUGUUCUGUUUUCACGGUACCCUAUGUCGCUGUGCUAGCCGCUCCCGUUACCCGAUUAAAACGUAUGCGUUUCUGAUUUCCAUCCGUUUCCAGUGAGAUCAAUAAGUUUUUACUCUCGUCGUGGUAUUUCGUUCGCGGCCCAGAUCGUCAUCAUGAGCCGUCGUCGAAUUCACGACAGUUACGAAGACUUGUACGGUGCUGACCGUGCAUAUAAAAAACGUCGUCGUGGUGGUUCAGAAAAUAUUGAUUUAGAAGAUAGAUUGGAAAGUCUUAUUCUUAAAGUCGGAGAAAAGACCUCUAGUACUUUAGAAAGUAAUUUAGAAGGUUUGGUCAGUGUAUUAGAUGGCGAUUUACCAAAUUUUAAGAAAAAAGUACUAAAAUUAUUGGUAGAUUGUGCUGUUAAUAUGCCUGAGAAGUGUACCAUUUAUUCAACCUUAGUUGGAUUGUUAAAUGCAAAAAAUUAUAACUUUGGUGGAGAAUUUGUUGAAAAUAUUGUGCGUGCUUUCAAAGAUAGUCUUAAAAAUAACUCUUGGAAUGAAGCUAGAGUACUUUUACGUUUCAUUGGUGAUUUGGUGAAUUGCCAUGUAGUGUCAGCUAGUUCAUUUGUGCAGUUAAUGGGUAGUUUAUUGGAUGUUACCAAAGAAGAUGGAGUUCCUAAUGUACGGAAGGAUUGGUAUUGUUAUGCUGUUAUGUCAUGUUUACCAUGGGUUGGCAGAGAAUUAUAUGAGAAAAGAGAAUCUCCUCUUGAAUUGCUUUUAACAACAAUUGAGAUUUACUUGAACAAACGGCCUAAGAAGCAUGUUAACAUGCUAAGAAUUUGGUCCACUGAUGUACCUCAUCCUCAGGAAGAAUACUUGGAAUGCUUAUGGAAUCAGAUUAAAAAAUUGAAACAUGAUAAUUGGACAGAAACGAUUAUACCAAGACCUUAUCUGACAUUCGACAAUGUUCUUUGUGAAGCACUUCAGCAUAAUUUGCCUGUUAUUGUUCCUCCUCCUCAUCAUAAUGCUUGUGUGUAUCCAAUGCCUUGGGUAGUUUAUCGAAUGUUUGAUUAUACAGAUGUAACUGAUGGUCCCAUAAUGCCUGGUGCUCAUUCAAUUGAACGUUUCUUGGUGGAAGAACAUCUAAUACAAAUAAUUGAUAUGUCAUAUAAAAAUAGAAAAGAGUGCGCAACUGAUUUAAUGAAUUUUGUACACAAAAACAAAGUACCUUUGGAGUAUUGUAUUGUUGAAGUGAUAUUCAGUUUGAUGUUUCAUCAACCUAAACCGAAAUAUUUGGAGGUCAUGUUCGGCUCUGUCUUUAUAGAAUUGUCUAAAUUGUCAACUAAUACAAUGCCACUUGUAUUGGCUCAGACAACAGAAAUACUUUACUCUCGUAUUGAAUCCAUGCAUGUGUGUGCUUUUGAUAGGUUUGUUUCAUGGUUUGCAUAUCAUUUGAGUAAUUUCAAAUUCAGUUGGUCAUGGCAAGAGUGGGCUGAUUGCUUGGCCUUGGAUCCAGAACACCCAAAACCAAAAUUUGUCCGUGAAGUUCUUCAAAAAGCUAUGAGGUUAUCAUUUUAUGAACGAAUGCGUGACAUAGUGCCACCUGAUUUUGAACCUUUGUUACCAGAAAAACCUGAACCAAAGUUUAAAUAUGCAAUGGAGAAGUCCAAUUUACCGGGCCAAUUUCUAUCAAACACAUUACUUACCAAGAUAAGAAGCAAGGCAUCUGCUGAUGAAAUUAUUGAAAUAUUGAAAGAACCAUUGAUGUUAGAAAAUGGUGAACUUAUUGAUCCAGCAGAUAAUAGCCCUUCAAAUUUGACCAAAAUUGAUUCUUUUGUUCAGACAUUAUUAUUCAUAGCCAGCAAAUCAUUUUCACAUGCUUUUGCAGCUAUUACAAAGUUUAUCAAUGUGUUCAAGGUUUUAGGAGAAACUGAUGAAGGCCAAUUACAAAUACUCCGGAGCACUUUCAAUUUAUGGAGUGCUGACCAACAAAUGUUAACUGUACUUAUUGACAAAAUGUUAAAAACCCAGAUUAUUGAAUGUUCGUCGGUUGCAAAUUGGAUAUUCUCUAAAGAAAUGAUUCCAGAGUUUACAAAGCUUUAUAUUUGGGAGAUAUUAUCAUUGACCAUCAAUAAGAUGUCCAGACAUGUGGAUCGACUGACCAGAGAGUUAAAUGAAGCUAGAGAAAAGUUACGUACAACAGCAGCUACCUCUAAUAGUUCAGAUGAUAGUGAUACUGAAACGGAAAAGGCUGAGACAAAACCUUCUCGGGCGUCAACAACAACAUUUGGAGGUCAAGUCCCAAUGGAUGUUGACGACAAUGUAACUGAAGAAAUGGUUGAGCGUAUGGAAGAGAAAUUAGAAAUGGCACAAGCUGAUCAGAAAAAUUUGUUUUUGAUUGUAUUUCAGAGAUUUAUAAUGAUAUUAUCUGAACAUCUUGUAAAAUGUGAUACAGAUGGUAAACCAUUUGAUACAUACUGGUACAAAUAUACUAUUGGACGAUUACAACAAGUAUUUUUAGCUCACCAUGAACAAGUACAGAAAUACAGCAGUACUUUGGAAGGAUUACUUUUCACUCAAGAUCUUGACAUUCAUAUUCUUGAAGUAUUCCAUCAGUUCUUGGCACUUCGUUCAUAAUGACUAUUUAUAAUUAUUUCUUCUCAUUACUCAAUGGAAUAGUUAAGGUUAUCAUAUACUCUCUUUCGAUCGUCUAUUAUUUUUAUUUUUAAUAUCACUAAAUAACAAUAGUUUGAAAAUACAUUUUUAUUAUACUUCAUAAAAUCACAUCAUUAUUACACUAAUUAAUUCUUUUGUAUGAUAAAUUUAUUUAAAAAAUAUAUAUAUAUUAUAAAGA